AUGUCACAAGGGCUCAUCGCGUCGUCGAUCCUGAUGGCGUGGUACAGCCCAAACCCAACCGAGUACAGUAGUUAUCUCAAAGGCACGCUUGCCUUUCUCCAUCCAUACAUGUACACGGCAGACAACCAGGCGUCCCUUGCCGCCGUACAAGGUCUGCAUUCCGCCGUGAACGAGCCACGGGACGAAGGCUCCCUAGACAGCCCACCGCAGCCGAUGCGGCAAGGGCAAAGACUCCUGGAAUCAGCGGCCGCGUCUAUCCGCAGCCUUUGCAAGUGCAAGCUGGAUAGCGAGCUCGAGUCUGCGGCGAGAGAGCUCCUCAUCUUUCUUCAAAAUGUACGCCACCGAACUUGGCAGCAUCUGUCGCUCGAGGACCAGCUGUCGACCAUGUUCCCCAUCCGCAACUGGCUGCGCUUUGUUCCCCGUUCGCCAGACCGGUUCCUGUCGAAUGACUUCUUGCUCUACCUGUACAUGGCAAACUACGAGACGGCCAUGCUGGCCAUGGGGACUGUCCUGCCUGCUGUACACCUCCCCCUGGCCAUGACGGAGAGGAGCUCUGGCGUAGCUAGACUGCGAAUAUUCAUACAAGACGCUGUCGACGCACGAUUUUCAGGGGCUGAGAGCAUUGCAAACUCGCUUCCGGUGUACACUGCGUGCAUGGGAUGGCUGGCUCUUGCAGACGAGUGCGUGGAGAGUUACCAGACUCGCGGCGCGCCGGUGAGGGCCGUCUCGCGAUAG